UAGUGUCAAGACGUGUUUGGCAUCCCUUCAACCUCACUAGUCCAAUACGAAAAUUGUUAUCAUUUUUAGCUACACUUUUUCCAUGAUAUUAAAUUAGGACGUGGUUCUUUAUGGUUAAUGGGAAUUAAUAAAAUUCACAUAAUUGUAGUGUUUAGUUGAGUUUAAAACUAUUAUGGUAAAAAUUUUAAAGUGAGCUGUGCCGUAUGUUAUAGUGAAUGUUGACAGCGUUGGAUAUAGACAUACAACAUGCUUGGAACCUUCCGAUUCAAUCCAACAUGUCCUUACCCUUGAAUGGAAUGUGAAAUACAAAAUGAAAAUAACGGUCAUGCGCAUAUGAUCUAAAUGCCUAAUUCAAAAAAAGAUAGCGCUGCGAAACGCACGCGCCGACUAUGUUUGACUCGACUAAAGGCGCAUUGCUAGUGGCGCCGUCUCUUGCUAACAGCUCUUGCAGCUUAAACAACGGUUGGCCUUCAACUUUUCCAGCUACUGAGGAUAUUUUGAAGGCUCUCUUCAUAUUUGCCCUUUCAAUGGCCAUAGUUUUUGGUAACCUUGUACUAAUAUGUGUAUUGAACAAUCGAAGAUAUAUCAAGUAUAUUGACAAUCAGCCAAGAUAUCUCCUGACGUCAUUAGCUCUAAACGACUUAUUUACGGGGAUACUUAUAGCUCCUGUGGCUCUGUUGCCAGCAUUGUAUAAGUGUUGGCCGUACGGUGAAAUAUUCUGUCAAAUACAGGCACUCUUGAGGGGAGCAGUGAGUCAACAAAGUGCCAUUAUUCUUGUCUGUAUGGCGAUAGACCGAUAUUUAUAUUUGUUACAUCCACACACUUAUCAAAAACAUUCUAGUAAAAAGGGUUGCGUAUUAGUAAUAAGUAUUACUUGGAUAUUAUCUGUAUCUCUAUUCGCCGUUAUGGUAUUACCAAGAUCUGGGUACUACUUUAAUUCAACAGGUUUAAUGGCCUGUGAUGUUUUUCACAGUAGAAUUGCGUUCAGAAUUUUGGCGUGUUGUACUUAUUAUUUUCCAACCACAAUGGCUUUGAUGUAUUGCUAUGGAUCAGGAUUCCAUGUCAGUAAAACAAAAAGUAAAUGUAGUCAGGAUCCAAGAUCCAACGGAAUGCCAGUGUCAUGCGCAAAAAGUAACCUUAAUGAAUUAGAAACUAUUCAAAUGCAAUCUCAAGUUAGAACACACAGCGUAAGUACCUCACGAACAAUGGCGGCAAUGUCCCUGGGAUUUAUCGUAAUGGUAACCCCUGCUACAAUCCAAGAAGUUGUAGCUGCAUGCACUGGCUGCAAGGUUCCGCCGAUUCUAGAUUUUUUGGUAACUUGGCUAGCAUUAAGCGAUAGUUUCUGGAACCCAUUUCUGUAUUGGCUCUUAAAUAGCCACUUUAGAAGAAUAAGUAAUGAAUUAAUUCAAUACUAUAUAUGUUGUCGGAAGAAGGUCAAAUCAUUUCAACAUUUUGAGAAAACUACUGGUUGUUGUGGAUCAUCAAUAACGUCAGAUGGUCUGCAUUCAAAAGGAGAGUUUGAAGGUCUUGGAGAAAAAUAUUGGGGUGAAAUACUUGAACGAACUGUUUCCUCAAAUUCUCUGCAUGCAAUCCAGAAGGCGUGUCAUAGGGAUCCUUUGAGAUGUACUGGAUCCUUCAAAGGCUACACAAGGACCUGUAAACAUGAUACGAGAUUUUUUGAUGGUUAUGGACCAAACGAUUACAGGCAGCUAGAUAGAUCAUUUCAAAUGGAACCAUGUUCUAGACAGUGCAAUAGACUAAAAAGCUCAGAUUUCUGUUUAUUUAGACCUGGUCUUGAAUGUAAUCGCUCCAGAUCUAAUUUAAGCCUAGAUGAAGGCAAUUUUACCAAAGUCUGUAACGGUAGACACCCAGAAUUGUGAGAAUUCCGAAAUUGUCCGGUUUUCGGGCAUAGAAGUCGUAGUAUUAGUACGUAUCCCGGAGUUGAACAGUUCAAUUCCAACCUAAAGUGGAAAUUUGAUGUAUCGCCCUGUUCAGAAGAUGACAACGUUCCAGACUUGAAGCAUAACCUUAAUCGUAUAAGAAGUUUAAGCCAUGAUAAAUCGUUUGGUGGAUACAGUCUCAAAGAACAUGACAAUUUAUUGGAAGUAGAAGUCAAUGAUACUGGGGAGGAUGAUGAAGACCUCAAGGACUACAGUGGAAUAGUGUGUGACAGUUUUGACGACAAAAAUGAAUAUAAUUGUCUUCAAAAGUUUUCAAGGAACUCGUCUCUCUCUAAUAGAGAAUUAGAUGUUAUAAAGGAAAGUUCCCGAAGCUCUAGUGAUACAGAAGUAACAUUUACGCGAUGACUUCCGAAAGUAACUUUUCAUAAAUCUGUGAAUGUAAUACAUUUAGAAAUUGCACCAAAUAUCAAAUGUUAAUGCAAGAUGAACAUUUGUAAGUGCGUUCGUAAUGUGAUUAGAGAUGUAGAACUCUGUAUUGUAAAUAUUACGUGGUAUCUUAUUCAAAGUGCAUUUCAGGAUAUUUUUUAGAAGUGGACAUUAGAGUAGAGGCUCAAUAAACACUAUCAUUUAAAAAAUAUAUAUAUUAUUUUGAUUAGGUAGGUUUGCGUUUAUGGUCUAAUAGAAAUUUCUGUUACGCGUAGUCCAACAGGAAGUAAAUGCAUUAAAAUAGUAGAGAAUAUAUAUAUUGGUAUAUUUAGAUUGAAAAACUUUUAUAUUUUUUGUAAUAGAUAAAUUAAGUAAAUACAUGUAAUAUAUUGUUAGAGAAUGUUGAAUGUCAUAAAAAUAUCUUAUACCUAUUGUUGUAACAUGUUCCUGUAAAAUGAUUUAAAAUCGUGUACAUAUUAUAUCUUUUUUUUUUCUUAAAUUAUAUAAAAAACGUGGAUGUUAAUUCAAAAGAACGUUUAAGUAGAAACGUCAAAAAACUGUUUGUAUGGUACCUAUAGUUAUAAAAACUGUUUGGAUGCAAAUAGUUAUUAAAGAUAUGUAACGUCGCACAAUGUUUUUAAAAAAAGGAUAUUAAAUUAAUUUACAAUUUCA